AUGGCUAGUCGGAGAGGACUAUCCAGAUACUUGAGGACAUGCUUAGAGCGUGUGCCCUUGAUUUCAAGGGUAGUUGGGAGAAGAAUUUGCCGUAUGUCGAAUUUGCAUAUAACAAUAGCUAUCAAUCCAGCAUUCAAAUGGCACCUUAUGAGGCGCUAUAUGGUCGACGAUGUAGUUCGUGAUAGGCUUUUGACAGCUCAGAGUCGUCAGAAGUCGUAUGCAGAUUGUAGGCAUCGACCCUUAGAGUUUGCAGUUGAUGAUUUGGUGUACCUUAGAGUAUCGCCUAUGAAAGGGGUAGUGAGGUUUGGGAGGAGAGGUAAGCUCAGUCCCCGGUAUGUUGGACCUUUUCGAGUCCUUAGGCGAAUUGGGAAGGUAGCUUAUGAGUUAGCACUACCACCGUCGAUGGUUGGAGUGCACCCCGUAUUUCAUGUGUCGAUGCUACGCGGGGUUAUUGGAGGCCCCUCUCAUGUUUUGCCCCCGACAGCACCCACUAUGAUCCAACCAAGCUUGCAAUAUGAAGAGCAACCUGUUAAGAUCUUAGAUAGGCAGGUCAGAAAGCUUAGAUCUAAAGAAAUAGCUUCCGUUAAAGUUCAGUGGAGCCACCAUAGUGAGGGUGAGGCCACUUGGGAGAUGGAAGAUGCUAUGAAAGAGAAAUAUACUUAUUUGUUUCCGUGA